AUGGGUGUUCCAAGCCCAGUCUGCGUUCUCAUUGGUAUCCGACGAACCCACCGAGCUAGACUGGAAUCCAGCGGCCUUACUAGAGUUAUCGGACUCCGUCAGGAGGCGGCGCUUAGAGACGAAGAGCAACAAUGGGGGCGUCCAACACUCGAUAUUGAGACCAUCGAGCACGCUCGGCUGGACAAGCUGCUGGCUGAGCUUCUACAGUUUGCCGAGAAGAUGAGAGGCGCUUCCAGCCCGUUGAUGAGGACAGGUGCAGCAACUGGCAGCUUCUCGCUCCAAUUCCGCGUCAUUAUAUCACAUGCUAAGAACCUAUGGCGCGCGUGGAGACGCAGAUUCCGCGAGCAGUACUUCAUGAUGGAUCAAUAUCGCUGUGCGGCGCUGGUCAAGGGCGGCCGGCUCAAGGAUGUUUCAUUCAAUACAUCUCUGACCUACGACCUGGGUAAGUGGCAGACGAAAGUGAGCGACCCAAUCUCGGAGCUUGAGGGAAACCUACAAUUCGAUCCUGGACACUGGUGGCUGAAUAUUACAUGUGCUGAGAGAGAUGGCAUGGUGGCUAGUUCGUUGGAGGUACCAACGAAAGGAAGGUAUUGUAUCACUACUCUGCCUCUACUUACCGGACAGGAAGAGUGGCUACGGGGCGAUACAUAUAAAUAUGUCCGCGAAGGAAGGUCUGGGGACAUGCAUAUCGCUCUAAUAUCUCAAGUCGGCCGACAGAUCCGCGUUCUUCGAGGCUACAGACUGAAGAGCAUCCUGGCGCCGCAGGCCGGCGUCCGCUAUGAUGGACUUUUCACUAUCAAACAGUACGGGUGCAAGCUCGACAACAAUACAAAUGUCUACCGCCUAGAACUAACACUUGAGCGCGUGCCGAACCCAAAGGUGUCCCUGGAGGAUAUCGAAAGCAUACCACGACCCUCCCAGCUAGACGAUUGGAACUUAUACGAGAAGCUCGAAGGCGACAAGAUCAAGCUCCUGCAGGGAGAAACAAGCUAUCUAGAGUGGAAGCUUAGACGUCAAGAAGAGCGGAUCGACAGAGAUGAUUGGAGAAGGGCGCGUCUAUUCAGAGCGUCUGUCUCGCGUUGGGGGUCCGGGACUGAUUCUCAAGAAUAG